UAACACUUUGUGUCAUUAGUGUGUUUUCGGGGGGCGGCUGCGUCGGGGCCAUUAACGUGUCCGCGUUGACGCCAGGAGAGAACUGAGGAGUCGGUCCAUCCUGUGGCUGACUGAGAUCAGCUGCAUGUCGACGGAUAUAGAUUUAAAAAGGCUCGGUAUGUCGGAUGAAGAUUCCCGUGCCAGCACAAGCUCUUCCUCCUCAUCGUCCUCAACUCAUCAGCAGCAGCAGGAGGCGAACACCCCCAAGAAACGGGAAAGCAAAGCCAGCAUGAGCAAGCCCCCUUCCAAACUCCUGUCUACCAGCGCCAAAAGAAUUCAGAAGGAACUGGCUGACAUCACGUUGGACCCACCGCCUAAUUGCAGCGCGGGCCCUAAAGGAGACAACAUCUAUGAGUGGAGGUCGACCAUCCUGGGCCCUCCGGGCUCCGUGUACGAGGGGGGAGUGUUCUUUCUGGACAUCGCCUUCACACCAGACUACCCCUUCAAACCACCCAAGGUGACGUUCCGAACGAGGAUCUAUCACUGCAACAUCAACAGUCAGGGGGUGAUCUGUCUGGACAUCCUGAAGGACAACUGGAGUCCUGCGCUCACCAUCUCCAAGGUCCUACUGUCCAUCUGUUCCCUGCUCACUGACUGCAACCCUGCUGACCCUCUGGUUGGAAGCAUCGCCACACAGUAUACAACAAACAGACCUGAACACGACAGGAUAGCCAAACAGUGGACCAAACGCUACGCCACAUAAUCACCACAGCAGCCGCCCUGGGACCACUCGGGGAAUGUGAGGGGGUGGGUUGUUGGCUCUGAGGACGGGGUGGGUGAGUGGAUUUGGGUGGGGUCUCCCAGCAGAGAGGGGGAGCUGGGGCAGGUCGAGGGGGUGGGUGGAUUUUUAUCUUGGAAUUGAAGUCUUAACUCCUGACAUUUUGUUGUUUAUUGUAUUGUUUUUAAGUUAUCUCCGGCCCGACUAUAAUCAGAUCUGGCAAGAACGCAUUUAGUGUUUUCUCUCUGAACUUUUAGUCUGUGCUUGAAGAUGGACGUUAAUACUAAACCGCUAGAUGAAACGUGUCACAGCAUGAUUCCCAGUCAAUGAUGUCAGUGUAAAUUUUUCACAUGUAUUCAAAGUUCCAGUUGGUGUUUGCUUCUCCCUCCAGACUUUGAAAAAGAUGUUUUCCACACGUAGACAUGUUUAGAUAUGGAUGGCUACUGGUUGUGAUUUGUGUUCUGUACUGAUGAAAAAUCUGUUCUGUUUCUCCCUUAAAGAAUUAAACAUGACCAACUGAAGCGUCCCACUUUAA